AUCGUCAUAAAAGCUCUCCCAGCACUUGGGGCUUCAGAGGCUGAGGACUCGGGGCCCCUGAUACAGGUGUGCAAAGGAUGCCUGAGGGAUCAGCCCUUGUGAGCCGAGGUGGUCCAGCAUGUGGACCCUCAGUCUAGACAGGUUCUGGCCUGGGCUGCUGAUCGCACUGGGCUCCCUCUGCCCAGGGGGUUCGCCAUGUGGCAUCUCCACACACAUUGAGAUAGGACACAGAGCUCUGGAGUUUCUCCACCUUCAGGAUGGGAGAGUUAACUACAAAGAGCUGUUGCUUGAACACCAGGAUGCGUAUCAGGCUGGAGCCGUGUUUCCUGAUGCCUUCUACCCCAGCAUCUGCGAGAGAGGGCAAUUCCAUGACGUGUCUGAGAGCACGCACUGGACCCCCUUUCUGAAUGCAAGCAUCCACUAUAUCCGAGAGAACUACCCUCUUCCCUGGGAGAAGGACACGGAGAAAUUGGUAGCCUUCUUGUUCGGCAUUACGUCUCACAUGGUGGCCGACAUUAGCUGGCACAGCUUGGGUAUCGAGCAAGGAUUCCUUAGGACCAUGGGAGCCGUUGAUUUUCAUUACUCCUAUUCCAAGGCGCAUUCGGCGGGUGAUUUCGGAGGUGAUGUGUUGAGCCAGUUUGAGUUCAAUUUUAAUUACCUCGCACGACGCUGGUAUGUGCCCAUUGAAGAUCUGCUGGAGAUUUAUAAGAAACUCUAUGGCCGAGAAGUCAUCACCAAAAAUGCAAUUGUUGACUGUUCAUACCUUCAGUUCUUGGAAAUGUAUGGUGAGAUGUUAGCUAUUUCCAAGCUUUAUUCCACUUACUCCAGAAAGUCUCCAUUUUUGGUGGAACAAUUCCAAGAAUAUUUCCUGGGGGGACUGGAUGACAUGGCUUUUUGGUCCACUAAUAUUUACCGUCUGACGAGCUUCAUGUUAGAGAACGGGACCAGUGACUGCAACCUGCCUGAGAACCCUCUGUUCAUUGCAUGCGGCGGCCAACAAGCCAGCACCCAGGGCUCCAGAGUGCAGAAAAAUGAUUUCCAUAGGAAUCUGACUGCAUCCCUAACCAAAGAUGUUACGAAAAAUAUAAGCUAUACUAAAAGAGGUGUGCUCUUCAGCGUGGAUUCCUGGACCUCGGACUCCCUUACUUUUCUGUACCAGACUUUGGAAAGGAACAUACGGACAAUGUUCACAGGCAGCUCCCAGCAGUCAUGGAAACAUGUCUCCAGCCCCCUGGCAUCUUACUUCCUGUCUGUUCCCUACACGAGACUCGGCUGGGCAUUGACCUCGGCUGACCUCAACCAGGACGGGCUCGGGGACCUGGUGGUAGGCGCCCCGGGCUACAGCCACCCCGGCCACAGCCAGGUUGGGCGCGUGUACCUCGUGUACGGCAGUGAGCUGGGCCUGCCCCCGCUCGACCUGGAUCUCGACAAGGAGGCCCACGUGACCCUGGAGGGUUUCCAGCCCUCAGGUCGGUUUGGCUCGGCCUUGGCCGUGUUGGACUUCAACAAGGAUGGCGUGCCUGACCUGGCUGUGGGAGCGCCGUCGGUGGGCUCCGAGAAGCUGGCCUACACGGGUGCGGUGUACGUCUACUUCGGCUCCAGACAAGGAGGAGUGUCUUCUGGCCCCAACGUCACCAUCUCCUGCCAGGACACCUACUGUAACUUGGGCUGGACGCUGGUGGCCGCAGACAUGAACGAGGACGGCGAGCCUGAUCUGGUGAUGGGCUCCCCUUUCGCGCCGGGUGGAGGGAAACAGAAGGGCAUGGUGGCUGCGUUUUAUUCCGACCCCAGCUGGAGCCACAAAGAAAAGCUGGGCGUGGAGGCGGCCAACUGGACGGUGCGAGGUGAGGCGGACUUCUCCUGGCUCGGCUACGCCCUCCACGGGCUCCGCGUGAACAACACAACCGUGCUGCUGGUGGGGAGCCCAACCUGGAGGAACACCAGUAGCCCGGGCCACCUGUUCCACGCUCACGACGAGAAACAGAGCCUCGGACGGGUGUAUGGCUAUUUGCCCCCACAACGCCAAAGCUGGUUUACCGUUUCCGGAGACAAGACGAUGGGGAAGCUGGGGGCUUCCCUGUCCAGCGGCCACGUGCUGGUGAACGGGACCCGGAAACAAGUGUUGCUGGCUGGAGCCCCGACUCACGAUGAGGUGUCCAAAGUGGCAUUCCUGACCAUGACCUUGCACCAGGGCGGAACCACUCGGAUGUAUGAACUGACCCCCGACACACAGCCUUCUCUGCUCAGCACCUUCAGCGGGGACCGCCGCUUCUCUCGAUUUGGUGGAGUUCUGCACUUGAGUGACCUGGAUGGCGAUGGCUUAGAUGAAAUCAUCCUGGCGGCGCCCCUGAGGAUAACGGACGUCACCUCUGGAAUGCUGGGUGGGGAAGACGGCCGUGUUUAUGUCUAUAAUGGCAAGCACAUCACCUUCGGCGACAUGACGGGCAGAUGCAAAUCAUGGAUAUCUCCAUGUCCUGAAGAGAAGGCCCAGUACGUACUGAUUUCGCCUGAGGCAAGCUCAAGGUUUGGGAGCUCUGUGGUCACCGUGCGGUCAAAAGACAAGAACCAAGUUGUCGUUGCUGCUGGAAGGAGUUCUUUGGGAGCCCGACUCUCCGGGGCACUGCACGUCUAUAGCUUCGACCUCCAUUAAAGACUUCACCACCCCUUCCUACUCUGCAUCCCCUCCCUGUACCAAGUCAUCUCCAGGGUGAACGUUCCGGUGGCAGAGGGGCCCAUCCAGGGGAGCCUGAGUAGAUCCUGCGAGAGGUGGGGCUCCUGGAGUGGAGACAGGCCUCUUCCCAGGGAAUGAUGACAGAUGCUCUGCUUACUUGUGUCCCCUUCCAGCGCUUCCUUCCUUGCUUCCCCUGUAUUGAAACCUGGGACUCAGACCUGCCAUACAACUGCUUUCCCCUUCACGUGAAUACCUAGGGCUGAUGCCUGGAAAGGACUCUCUGGUUAGCUCUUAGGAAAAUCUGUCCAUUUCUCCUAAAAAUGUCCUUUUAAAAUUGGUGACCCGUUCCAAUCAAGGUGAAAUAGAAAGCACAGUAUACAAGGAAAAAGUGAGCAGGGAAAUAGUACAGUAAAAAGUACGGGGGUGAGGGAGAACCUCACAACUCCACAGGGCUUCAGAGAGUGAAGGACAAAUACAACACUAAAAGCUCACCUUUCAGUGCCCUCAACUGCUUUUGAGAAGCGGCUGUUUGCACAGUUGAACCCGGUGACUCGACAUGGGUCCUGUGUCCUCUAAGAGGAGUCCGUGUCACACUGGGCUGGUACAAGCCGUGCCCAGCCCGCCAGCAAGCGCUCUGGCUUGAGACCACCGCCCGGGAGGGAAGCGGGAUUCAUCUGCAGGUCCUACGGAAGGGCAUCUCUGACGGAAAGCCAUCGACCCAGGCUUCUAGCUUCACUGAACACGUGAAGGCAUUGUUACGGCUUCUGUAGCCAUCAGGGAGCAAAAUAGGCGAUGACAAGAACCCUUUUUAGCUUCUCUAGAGGCAGUGUAGAGAAUGGUUCAAAGAAGACAGGAAUCCAGCUGAGGAGUCAAGUUAAAUUAGAAAUCAAGGGAAAGCUAGUCAAGUUAACAUUGUGAGCGUAAGGGGAGUACAGAGGGAAGAAUGGGCACACGCCCCUAGAUAGCACCUUGGAUGACUCGUGUGACGGUCUCUUAGAGUAUGCUGGCUGCCGGUUCCCUAGGGAACAGCAAAAAAGCACAGACACCAUUUGGUUUCAUUUGGGGAACAAUGAAAGAGGCCAGAAUGACUUAACUGAGUAGAACAUGCUGAUGAACUGCAGCGUACCAGGCCUCUUCCUUAGAAGUCUGUGUUCUCUCUCACCACCACCUCCCUGACCGAGAGGGCCUGUGUUGACACACGAUCAUUCUCAAUGUCUAAACAUACCAGACAGAAGCAAGUUCUCACAUAGGAUUUAUACAGGAUAUUUAACCAUCUUAAUCCCAUAUUCAAAAGUGCCAAGGCCUACUAUCAAAGGUCAACCUGGAUGGCAAAGAUUACAAACUGGUCUACAGGGUCCAGUGCAUUAUCCCCAGAGGUGGGUUACGUUUUAAAUCUAAGUAUUAACUGUAGCUCUAAGCAUGGAUUCCGAAAUGCUUAACAAAAAUGGAAAUACCUUGUACGGUUUUAAUCUCGAUUAACACAAAUCUGAACUUAAAGGUCAUGGAACAGAUGUACAUAUUUGUGAUUGUUUUUCUAUUACCUGUGUAUGUAACAACUUGCUUCAAGACUUCACGAUCAACAUGGUUUCCAUGCCUUUGAAUCACAGACCUAUAGAGAUUUGGAGUGCAUUUGGGAAUGAACUCCGAUCUCUGAAUGCCCUGUGCACGUACCAUUGGACCAGCUCCAUGGUAUUACUAAAGUAAUGAAAGUAAAUCUAUUGAAGUUUGUUAGAUAAAUAUUAACUCCCAGGGGCGCCUGGGUGGCUCAGUUGGUUAAGCAUCUGCCUUCAGCUCAGAUCAUGAUCCCAAGA